UUCACUCCUCUCUCCUGCUCCGCUCCUCUCCGCCUGACUCGGCUCGGCUCGGCUCGGCUCGACUCGGCGCUUCUAUCCGGACCGGGAGGCUGUGACCCAGGGAGCGGGACAGGUUCACCCCGGAGCGGGAGCAGCAGGGUCCGUGUUCCGGCUGCGGGCCGCCGUCAUGCUGGGCACGGUGAAGAUGGAAGGCCACGAAGCUCCGGACUGGAGCGGAUACUACAGCGAGGAGGUAUACUCUCCAAUGGCAGGCACCGGGAUGGGUUCUGGUCUCGGAAUGGCGUCCAUGUCUGGCUACAUGUCGAGUGGCGGCACCACGUCGGGCUCCUUCAACAUGUCAUACAGUGGUACCGGUCUCAGUCCGUCCCCCGUAGGAGGGAUGGGGGGCUCCGCUCCAGCACCUAUGUCAAGCUUAAGUGGGGGUGUGGCUUCCAUGGGUGGGCCUCUGAGCCCGUCCAGUAUGAACUCAGUGUCGGCCCAGCAAGCCUCGUUGGGUCUGAACCCGUAUGGAAGCAUGAGUCCCAACAUGGGCUCCAGCAUGGCGUACGGUAGUGGUGGACUGAACCGAAGCCGUGACAACAAGACGUUCAGACGGAGCUACCCUCACGCAAAACCCCCCUACUCCUAUAUCUCACUCAUCACUAUGGCGAUCCAGCAGGCGCCAAGUAAGAUGCUGACUCUCAGUGAGAUCUACCAGUGGAUCAUGGACCUGUUCCCCUACUAUCGUCAAAACCAACAGCGUUGGCAGAACUCCAUCCGCCACUCGCUGUCCUUCAAUGACUGCUUCGUCAAGGUUUCCCGUUCCCCUGACAAACCGGGGAAAGGUUCGUACUGGACCCUGCACCCAGACUCAGGCAACAUGUUUGAGAACGGCUGUUACUUGCGACGUCAGAAGAGAUUUAAGUGCGAGAAGAAGACUCCGGGGAAACCAGACGGGAGGAAGGAGCAUAUGGGAGCAGGGGGCGGCCGUUGUACCUCUCCUGCCGGAGAUUCUGCCAAACCUGCCGGACUUCUGGACUCAUCUGUGGCCUCCUCCAGCCAGACGGGCUCCCCAGCCAGCCUGGACCUGAGGGGAGGUGUUGGCGGGGUGUCCGACCUGAAGGUAUCCAGCUCUCAGUUAUUGUCUUCCUUGUCACUUCCUCCGCACUCCAUGGCCCAUGAAACUCCUCUGCAUAUAAAAGGAGACCCCCACUACUCUUUCAACCACCCGUUUUCCAUCAACAACUUAAUGUCGUCCUCGGAGCAGCAGCACAAACUGGACCUGAAGGCCUACGAGGCUCUGCAGUACUCUUCUUACAAUGGUGGGGGGGCGUCCGGUCUUGGGGGGAGGACCAUGGAGCCUCUUGAGGCCUCCUACUACCAGGGCAUGUACCCCAGACCGCUCCUGAACAGCUCAUCAUAG